UCCCUGCCCUGGCGCCAACGCCCGAGCUCCGCCCCUCGCCGCGCCGCUCCCUCCGCGGCUGCAGGCAGAGCUCUCUCAGCUCUGCGGACGCCGCGGUCUUCAUUACCUCCUCCUUCUCCCGCCGGUGUGCGAGGGCCUCGCCCGGCAGCGGCACUGUCCUGGGUGGGCGGUUGGGCACGCGCGGCUGCUGAGCGAUCGGCGCGGGGAAGCCAGAUCCUCCGCCCGCGCGGCGCCGUGACAGUUGCAGAGUCAGGUCUGAAGACCCACCUGCGGCGGCCGCCGCGAUGCCCACCAUGCGGAGGACCGUGUCGGAGAUCCGCUCUCGUGCGGAGGGUUAUGAGAAGACUGAUGAUGUUUCAGAGAAGACUUCACUGGCUGACCAGGAGGAAGUAAGGACUAUAUUCAUCAACCAGCCCCAGCUGACAAAAUUCUGCAAUAACCAUGUCAGCACUGCAAAAUAUAACGUAAUCACAUUCCUUCCAAGAUUUCUCUACUCUCAAUUCAGAAGAGCUGCUAAUUCAUUUUUUCUCUUUAUUGCACUGCUUCAGCAAAUACCUGAUGUAUCACCAACAGGUCGCUACACAACACUGGUUCCUCUCUUAUUUAUUUUAGCUGUGGCAGCUGUCAAAGAGAUAAUAGAAGAUAUUAAACGACAUAAAGCUGAUAAUGCAGUGAACAAGAAACAGACCCAAGUUUUGAGAAGUGGUGCUUGGGAAAUUGUGCACUGGGAAAAGGUAAAUGUUGGAGAUAUAGUUAUAAUAAAAGGCAAAGAGUAUAUACCUGCUGACACUGUACUUCUCUCAUCAAGUGAGCCCCAGGCCAUGUGCUACAUUGAAACAUCCAACUUAGAUGGUGAAACAAACUUGAAAAUUAGACAGGGCUUACCAGCAACAUCAGAUAUAAAAGACAUUGACAGUUUGAUGAGAAUUUCUGGCAGAAUUGAGUGUGAAAGUCCAAACAGACAUCUCUACGAUUUUGUUGGAAACAUAAGGCUUGAUGGACACAGCACUGUUCCCCUGGGAGCAGAUCAGAUUCUUCUUCGAGGUGCUCAAUUGAGAAAUACACAGUGGGUUCAUGGAAUAGUUGUCUACACUGGACAUGACACCAAGCUGAUGCAGAAUUCAACAAGUCCACCACUUAAACUCUCAAAUGUAGAACGGAUUACAAAUGUACAAAUUUUGAUUUUAUUUUGUAUCUUGAUUGCCAUGUCUCUUGUCUGUUCUGUGGGCUCAGCCAUUUGGAAUCGAAGGCAUUCUGGAAAGGACUGGUAUCUCAAUCUAAACUAUGGUGGUGCUAAUAAUUUUGGACUGAAUUUCUUGACCUUCAUCAUCCUUUUCAAUAAUCUCAUUCCUAUCAGCUUGUUGGUUACAUUAGAAGUGGUGAAAUUUACCCAGGCAUACUUCAUAAAUUGGGAUCUUGACAUGCACUAUGAACCCACAGACACUGCUGCUAUGGCUCGAACAUCUAAUCUGAAUGAGGAACUUGGCCAGGUAAAAUACAUAUUUUCUGACAAAACUGGUACUUUGACAUGCAAUGUAAUGCAGUUUAAGAAGUGCACCAUAGCUGGAGUUGCUUAUGGGCAGAGCUCACAGUUUGGAGAUGAGAAAACAUUUAGUGAUUCAUCAUUGCUGGAAAACCUCCAAAAUAAUCAUCCAACUGCACCUAUAAUAUGUGAAUUUCUUACAAUGAUGGCAGUUUGUCACACAGCAGUACCAGAGCGAGAAGGUGAUAAGAUUAUUUACCAGGCAGCAUCUCCAGAUGAAGGAGCCUUGGUCAGAGCAGCCAAGCAACUGAAUUUUGUUUUCACUGGAAGAACACCUGACUCAGUGAUUAUAGAUUCACUGGGGCAGGAAGAAAGAUACGAAUUGCUCAAUGUCUUGGAGUUCACCAGUGCUAGAAAAAGAAUGUCAGUGAUUGUUCGCACUCCAUCCGGGAAGUUACGACUUUACUGCAAAGGAGCCGACACUGUAAUUUAUGACCGACUAGCAGAGACUUCAAAAUACAAAGAAAUUACCCUAAAACACUUAGAGCAGUUUGCUACAGAAGGGUUAAGAACUUUGUGUUUUGCCGUGGCUGAGAUUUCAGAGAGCGACUUUCAGGAGUGGCGAACGGUCUAUCAGCGGGCGUCCACGUCCGUGCAGAACAGGCUGCUCAAACUGGAAGAGAGCUACGAGUUAAUUGAAAAGAAUCUUCAGCUACUUGGAGCCACAGCCAUCGAGGAUAAAUUACAAGAUCAAGUGCCUGAAACCAUAGAAACUCUAAUGAAAGCAGACAUCAAAAUCUGGAUCCUUACAGGAGACAAGCAGGAAACUGCCAUUAACAUUGGACACUCCUGCAAACUUUUGAGGAAGAACAUGGGAAUGAUUGUUAUAAAUGAAGGCUCUCUUGAUGGAACAAGGGAAACUCUCAGUCGUCACUGCACUACCCUUGGUGAUGCUCUUCGGAAGGAGAAUGACUUUGCUCUUAUAAUUGAUGGGAAAACCCUCAAGUAUGCCUUAACUUUUGGAGUACGGCAGUAUUUUCUGGACUUAGCUUUGUCGUGCAAAGCUGUUAUUUGCUGCAGGGUUUCUCCUCUUCAAAAAUCUGAAGUUGUUGAGAUGGUUAAGAAACAAGUUAAAGUCAUAACACUUGCCAUUGGUGAUGGAGCAAAUGACAUCAGCAUGAUACAGACGGCACAUGUUGGAGUUGGAAUAAGUGGCAAUGAAGGCCUUCAGGCAGCUAAUUCUUCUGACUACUCCAUAGCUCAGUUCAGAUAUUUGAAGAAUUUGUUGUUGGUUCAUGGUGCCUGGAACUAUAACAGAGUCUCCAAGUGCAUUUUGUACUGCUUCUACAAGAAUAUAGUUCUCUAUAUUAUUGAGAUCUGGUUUGCCUUCGUUAAUGGCUUUUCUGGACAGAUCCUCUUUGAGAGAUGGUGCAUAGGUCUUUAUAACGUGAUGUUUACAGCAAUGCCGCCCUUAACUCUGGGAAUAUUUGAGAGAUCAUGCAGAAAAGAGAAUAUGUUGAAGUAUCCUGAAUUAUACAAAACGUCUCAGAAUGCCCUGGACUUCAACACCAAGGUUUUCUGGGUUCAUUGUUUAAAUGGCCUCUUCCACUCAGUUAUUCUGUUUUGGUUUCCACUAAAAGCCCUUCAGUAUGGUACUGUAUUUGGAAAUGGGAAGACCUCUGAUUACCUGCUGUUGGGAAACUUCGUUUACACUUUUGUGGUGAUAACUGUGUGUUUGAAAGCUGGAUUGGAGACAUCAUAUUGGACCUGGUUCAGCCACAUAGCGAUCUGGGGCAGCAUCGCACUCUGGGUGGUGUUUUUUGGAAUCUACUCAUCUCUGUGGCCUGCUGUCCCCAUGGCCCCUGAUAUGUCAGGAGAGGCAGCCAUGUUGUUCAGUUCCGGAGUCUUUUGGACAGGCCUGUUAUUUAUCCCUGUGGCAUCUUUGCUUCUUGACGUGGUGUACAAAGUUGUCAAGAGGACUGCUUUCAAAACAUUAGUGGAUGAAGUUCAGGAGCUGGAGGCAAAAUCUCAAGACCCAGGAGCAGUUGUGCUUGGAAAAAGCCUCACGGAGAGGGCGCAACUGCUCAAGAAUGUCUUUAAGAAGAACCACGUGAACUUGUACCCAUCAGAAUCAUUGCAACAAAACCUGCUCCACGGGUAUGCUUUCUCUCAAGAUGAAAAUGGAAUCGUCUCACAGUCUGAAGUGAUUAGAGCGUAUGAUACCACAAAGCAGAGACCCGAAGAGUGGUGAUGGGGGGAGGGAUGAGAGGCCAGCUCUGAUACAUCUCGAAGGGGAGCUCCCAGGUCUUCACCAGAAUCUGCUGACCAAUUCCAGCCUGGUCCAAGGAGGGGAAAUGGAUCUGAACUCAUCUCAUUGACUGACAUUCAGAUUCAUGUAUAUUAUAGACAUAAGCACUGUGCAACUAUACUGUAACACCAUCUCUUUCAGAUUUUCUAAAGUAUUUACUAAGUCUUUGUAAACGGAAAUGGAAAAUGACCUUGUAUCUUGCCAGAGUGUUUUCUUAAACUGAGAAUAGGUCAGCAUUCUUAUGCUGUUACGCUGGGGCUGCCACUAUCAGUGUCUUGGAUAUACCACAAGGUGACCGACCUUUACAAAUCUCUAAAAUGGUAGUAAGUUAAAGGGACUCCUUGAUAUCCAUUUUAGAUUUCAGAAUAUGCUGAAAAAAACUAGCCUUCUUAAGGAAGCAACUCACUGAGCAAAAUUUCUAAACAAGACAUUAAUAAUAAAAAGUGUUUGUGUCAAAAAUUGUCUUGAUAAUUGUUUGCCAAAGAAGUUUAAUAAAUGUAUUUGUCAUUCAGUAGUCAUUUGCCCAGAAAUUUAAGAGAAGGUUUACCUCUAGUUCUGCUGUAAGAUCUGCAUGCCUGACUUUACAAAUCUAAGAGUGAUUUGCAAAAACAAGUAUUUCAAGGCAUUUGCUACUAAAAUCUGUGAUGUUGCACCUUUAGCCUUACAAAUGCUUCUUUCUCGUUCGUCUUGUCUAUUUGUUCAAGUUGCAGUGCACACGUGGUAUGUGACUGUCUUUAUGAUACUGAAUUUUAAAACUGUAUUUAUGUCUCCAUCCUUUCUAAUGAGGUUUCAUCAUCAUUUAGAUUUUUCUAACAACCUGGCUUCUGCUUUAGACUGAGUGAUGUCAUUUUGUCUUCGAGUUUUCUCUUUUAAGAAAAAUAUGCUUACAUAUUUAUGUGAGAUUUCCAAUGCUUCUGUCAAGAUGUUUGGAAUACCAUGUUGGAUAAAUGCAUGGGCCUUUGUAAUGUCCGUAGACUCAGCUUUUGUCCUGUGUUUUGGUUUUCCCUAUGAGUGCCCACUCGAGAUGCCUGCUGUCCUCAAUGGCAUGCCCAGUGUUAUGGUGACUGCCCUGUACAUAAGACUGAGAAUGACUUCACAGUUCACUAGUCAAUCAGCUCCCAGAAUUAGUCACACACUGCUAAUUGGGACAAAUAAGUAGUACCUUUUACCCAUUUUAAAGACACCUAUUUUACUCAAGCCUAUAACUUUACAAAGAAAAGUAGAUUUUUGUUAAUGUGCUUUAAAAUGUGUGUUCAGCUUAAUUAUUUUCAGCAUUUCCAAGACAUCUGAAAAUGCCUGUUUUGCCACCAACAAUAAAUGGUGAAGGGGCUGUUUAAAAACCACAACCAGUUUUCUACACUAUUUUUAACAUAAUGCUUUCAUGUGGAAAUAAAAAGAAUUCUAGCUUUCAGAUACACCUCAGAGAUUGAAGCAAACUUUUUGCCUUGUAUUCAAAAGCCUGUUUGCCUUUAAAUGGACUUACCAGCAAAAUAGGUACAACUUCCUCUUAAAAAAAAUAAGUCAAC